UGACAGAGCAGAUCCAGAGAGAGUGAGAAACGGGCACAAGAGAGACUGACUUUUUACCUCUCUUCCAGUGGAUGACUUCCUGAGCAACACUUUUUUAUUUUAUCGGAUUACAAAACCAGGAUUUCUCCCUCCACUAAAGAUUCAUCAUGAAGCUCUUCCUGUUUUUGGUGGCGGCGCUGCUCCUGGUGGUGGCAGAGAGCUCUACAGAAAGAAUCCUGUCCAGAAGAACCAAGAGGGAUCUGGCCAACCCGCUGCAUGUUGGGGGCAUCAGGGACCCUCAUGGCUCCUACUGCGAGAGGAGGGGGGGCUGCUGCCCCGGCAGAGACGACAUCUGCACCGUUCCCUACCUGGACACCAUCUGCUACUGCGACCUGUUCUGCAACCGCACCAUCUCCGACUGCUGCCCCGACUUCUGGGAACAUUGUCUGGGCAUUCAGCCGCCUUUCAUAGGCACCUGCGAAAGAAAUGGAAACACAUUCUUUUCAGGGCAAACAUACAGAGAGAACUGCAAUUUAUGUACAUGUGGGACCACGGGACGCUGGGAGUGUGACCAGAACGCCUGUCUGAUGGACCAGGACAUCAUCUAUUCUGUUAACAGAGGGAACUAUGGCUGGAAGGCAGGUAACUACAGUCAGCUCUACGGCAUGACUCUGGACGAGGGUAUCCGGUUCCGCCUGGGCACGCAGAGACCCUCCAGGACUAUUAUGAACAUGAACGAAAUCCAGAUGAACAUGGAUCCUGAGGCCGAGCGUCUUCCAAGCUACUUCAACUCAACAGAGAAGUGGCCCGGAAAGAUUCACGAACCGCUGGACCAGGGAAACUGUGCUGCAUCCUGGGCUUUCUCCACUGCAGCUGUGGCAUCAGACAGAAUCUCUAUCCAGUCCAUGGGUCACAUGACUCCUCAGCUGUCACCACAAAAUCUCAUUUCCUGUGACACGCGCAACCAGGGAGGCUGUGCGGGGGGACGCAUCGACGGAGCCUGGUGGUACCUCCGGCGUAGAGGAGUGGUGACUGAGGACUGUUAUCCGUAUCAAUCCCCACUGGAAGCCCCCGUGGAGGUGGGCCGCUGCAUGAUGCAGAGUCGCUCAGUGGGCCGGGGGAAGAGGCAGGCCACCCAGCGCUGCCCCAACACACACAACUACCACAACGACAUCUACCAGUCCACACCGCCCUACAGGCUCUCAUCCAAUGAAAAGGAGAUCAUGAAGGAGAUUAUGGAUAAUGGCCCUGUGCAAGCUAUUAUGGAGGUCCACGAGGAUUUCUUUGUCUAUAAGAGUGGGAUCUACAAACACACUGACGUCAGCUUCACCAAACCUCCACAAUACCGCAAACACGGCACACACUCGAUCAGAAUCACCGGGUGGGGAGAGGAGAGAAACUAUGAUGGGUCAUCAAAAAAAUACUGGAUUGCUGCCAACUCCUGGGGAAAGAACUGGGGAGAGAACGGCUUCUUCCGUAUCGCCCGUGGGGACAAUGAGUGUGAGAUUGAAACGUUUGUGAUCGGUGUGUGGGGAAGGAUCACGAUGGAGGACAUGCACAAACAUCAUCACCAACAUCGUCGCCGACACAUUUAGAGACACAGCAGAAGCUAAAACCCCACAGAGAACUUUGUUUUGAAUCCAACAUAUAGAUGUGUUUUACCCCAGAUGAGAACCAGACAAAGAGUCUCAGAACUUCAGCACAUCCCUUACCUGUCAAAAUGGCUGGGACAGACACAAAAUUAACCCCAGAGCCCCUGAAACCCUCUCUUUUUAUAGCUUACAUCACUCUGGGGGUCAAUACACCCCCUUGUCUACUCCAUAUUUACCCUAUAAAGAGAAUAACUCUCCCCUCUCCCUGUAACUCAAGGUUUUUGGCACAAAAAGUAACAAAGAUAAACUCAACUAAGCUAAAGCUCUUAAAAAUAACCUUACAACCUCAGGUACCAAUGAUCCAAAGACCCACUUCCCAGAAUCCUUAGUGUAACAUCAAACCAUGCUUAUGUCAAAGUUUGGCGAUGACAGGAGAAGAAGCUCAAUCUUAUUCCUCUUUGUCUUUCUUUGUCAACAUAACCCUUUAGUCUUUUCUUAAUCUAGGAUCUAGUCAGACUCAAUUUCAGAGGGACGGUUUGGAAAAGAAGAAAUCUGAGAGCCAGAUUAUCAGACUUCAGAGAGACGCACCCAGCAGAGUGUGUAACAUGAUAAUGUAAUAUAGUUGACCUUACUGACAUUAAGCUGUCAGCUAUACAGACGCACAGUGUGGCUGAUUCCCCCGCUUUUAGAGAGGACGCUUGUAUGGAGUUUGUAGACGCAGGCGUUAGACUUUCUCAGACAUUCCAGUAAAAACGUAAAAUCUAAAACUGAAAACAGAAGAUUUGAUGUGGAGUAUAAUAUUACAAAACUCAGAUUUUGUAUUUUCUGAAGAUACAGAGCCACAGACUAUGACCUGCCAUCAACAUGAGUCCCAACACCACCAGUGAAUCAGGCUUAAUCUUCACCCUUCUUCUACAUAUAUUUAUACAGUGUUCAUGCACAAAGUAAAAUGUGUAUAAUUUUGCUGCAGGUGAAAUAAAUAUUUUGUAGUUCAAAGAGUCACAAUUAACAAUGAAAUGUAAAAGAAAAAAAAAAGCCAUGCUGCCAUUCUUGACUCCCAAAUCUCAUUAAAAAGAUGAAAUUGAUGCGUAAAGUGGGUAGAAAGAUUUUAUUGCCUUAAAAACUGAGUUGUUUUGACCACUGCAAAGAAAGAAAGUUUGUGUAUAGUAGUCUUAAAUUGCUCCAUUCUGUGUACACUGUUACAAAUUGAGCAAACAUGUUAUUUUUUUGUAGCUGUUAUAUUGUGAAGUUUUAUUUUACUACGUGUUUUCCGAUGUACUGUAUGUAGUAACUUUCAUAGAACACACUCAUCACUCACUCUGUUGCUUUUCUGCUACUGCAUAAUGAGGAGGGGGAGGAUGGGGGGGGGGACACUGCUGCUGCUGAGGGCCACUGCUAAAAGUCGCUGCAGAAUCUGUAGUUUUAAAUGUAAUAAAACCCCUUUUUUAAUAAGGGCAGAAACACCUUAAUAAGACAUUACGUUUGCAAAUGAGCUGUUUGGCUUAAUGUCAUAACAUGUUCAAACUUAUCAGAUGUGUGCCUCAGCCCUUUAUGAUCUUUUUCAUAUCUUUUUGGAGCAAAGCCUCACUUGGGAAAAAUAAAUCAUGGUGUAUUAUUACCCAUUACCUUAGAUAACAUCCCUGUACACUUCAGCUGGAACUUCAAAAGCCUUUUUCAUUUCUUUAUCGUCACGUCUUGUGAUCUUAAAGGUCCCUUUAUCCCUCUCCUUCAGGCGUGAUGAGCAGAUAGGCAUAAAAGCAAAGAGAACUGUCUGGAUGGACAGGCAAUGUGCAAUGUGGGGGAGAGAUAAGCAGCUAUGCAAGUUUCUCAUGCAGCGUCCUGGAUCUUUGUUUUCAUUCGUAAGUAAGUGAAGACACGGGAAGAUGGCAAGCAGCUUAUUAACACGCAAUAAACCACAGAUUUAUAAUAAAUGACAACAAGGAUGUAUUCGAAUCCGAGACAUGAUUUUGUCAGUGUCCAUUUAUUUUGCUUAUAGUAUGUUGGAUUAACGGCCUUUACGGUUCAUGUUACCUUGGAACUAAAUGCUAUAUAUGACACUUGAUUAUGUAGAAGAGGGGUUAAAAGAAAACAACCUCUGAUAUAUAAGUAUACUCUCAAGUAAAUGUUCAUGAACAAUACGUGCCACAUUCAUUUAGAUUAUUUGUAUUUCAGAUGGGACCAAUACUUUAUCUUUAUUACAAAAGGUGAUCUGCAAAACCCAAAUAUAUAUUCCAUAGCGACUUAACUAACAUUCAGCAGCAGUUUUCUCCAACAUCACAACCUCUCCUCCAAAACAAACAAACCGGGAGCUGCAGCAGACAUCCACUCAGAAGUUGUGUAUUUUAUGUAAAAUGAACCACUCCAUAUUCAGUGAUGUGUAGACUUUAUUUAUGACCAGAUGUGUAAAUUAUAUACUUUUAUUCCUCGUUUGCCUGUGCAAUGUUUUAUUAUCUUCCUGUCUCUUGUAUUGUGUGCACUAAAUGCAAUACCACAUUAGUGUUCACCUGUUCGGCACAAUAAAGUCUUUCCCAAACGUA